GGAGAAAAAUAAAUUUAAAGCAAAUUUAUCUAAAGGGGUUUCGUCGUCUUAUAUAUUCAUAUAGUAAUAAGAAAAAAAAGAAAUUGGCUUUGAUAAUUUUAUAUUAGCACGCACUACUUUUUAAAUUUAAAAAUGAGCAAAUCAAAUACUCAUCCAGCACCUCAAAUGAGGAAACCAGUAAAUAUUUAAUAAAAUGUGGGGUCCCAAGUUAAGAAGGCCCCUUAGGGUGAACAAAUCAGUUAAAAAAAUGAUUCAGCUAAUCAUGCUUAAAUGCAAGAAGAUGAAGAAAAAAUUUAUAGAGUUCUUAGUAGCUGUUACGACGAUUAUCUAAAGGGUAAUAAGGUUUUAAUGAAUAAGAUCGUGAAUGAAAUGUCGAAUAGGCACAAGGAAAAGGAACAUAUAAAAAUGUGGUUAAGGGCAUCCACUAAAAAGCUGAUUGAUCUAUUUAAGAAUAAGCAAGAUGUCAACUUUUUGAUAGAGGUAAUAUUGUACUAAAUGCCUUGGUUUGAAGCAGGUAACGAAUAUGAGAUUUAGUUGCAAGAGCAAGAGUAGAAAAAGAUACUGUAGCAAUAGCAAACUCAUGCAAACUAGCAAUAGCAGCAUGGAAUCGGAAGUAGUACCUCGCUUUUCAGCAAUGCAUCAAGUUCAAAGAGAAACAUUUAGUAGUAGCAUGGACAAUAAUUAACAAUAAAAAAACCAUCUCCUCACUUCGAUUUGUUUUCAGAGCUUUCUAAAUUUAUAAUGACUCUGCUGUCUUUCAGUAAUGCCUUUGCACCAUAGAUUAUUAAGUUCCUCAUUUCCAAUAUUGUGCCUAUGGAAGUGAAGGAAAUGGAAAAAAAUAAGAAAUCCGAAAUAGAAUUAGAAGUUGAAGGAAAGGUUUUUGAAAACCAAAAAAAGCUAUUAAUGUAUAUCAGAGACAUAAUGAAUAAGUAUAUUCUUAACAGUAUAAAUGACGUCAAAGAAUUAAACAAAGAAGAUACUAAUUUUUUAUUAGGAGUCCUCAAAUACCAUCCUAAUUCAAAAGAAAAAAUGUAAAGAUACGUCAAGCUAAUUAUUGGUUAAGCAUAAUUCGAUGACAAAAUCUCGAAAUGCUUAUACAUUCAAAACAAAGAAGGUUAGAAGAUAGAUAUUUCUUAUGUAAAAAGUGUGUUUAAUUUAGUUGAUGAAUAAUUCUAAAAAAUUGGAUUAAAGCAAGGCUCCCCAAAUUAAAAAAAGAUGAUGUUACAAGUUGUUGAUUUGCUAGCAAAAAUAAUUAAAAUAUAUCCUCUUUACUAAAAUGACCUAUGUCGCAUUUUACAAGAAUCUUAUCCUCAUAGAGUGCAAGGAGAAUAAUUCCAUAAAAUAUAUCUUACUAACAUUUUAUAACUCGCUAUUAAAUGCCCAUAGCUUAUGCCUAAAAUACUGAUAAUUGCUGUUUAAAAAUUGAUUGAAAUAGACUCAGAAAUCAAGCUUGAUCAUGACGCCUAAGAAAAUGAGAAGAAUAGUUAAAUUAUGGCUGAAAAACUUGAUUGGCUGAUGCUAAUAAUUUUUGAAUUCAUAGAUUAUUAAUUAAAAGAUAAAGUUAGUAGCGAUUCUUGUUUUGGACAAAAAGAAGAAUUAAAAUAAAAUAGCUAAGAUAAAAAAGAUAAAUCUUAAAUGGAAGACAAAUUUUUUAAAAUAUUUUUAAAUGUAUUUAGUGAAUAAAUAUUAAUCACCCAUUAAAGCAAAUAUGUUUAGUUUAUAAUAUUUUAUCUUUGCUCACUUCGUAACUCAUUUUAAAACGCUUUUUUAAAUCACCUUGUAAAAAAUAUAACUGAGAAAAAUCCUUUGAUUUACAAAUCAACCUAAAUCAAUUCUAUUUAUUAUCUUGGCAGCUACAUUGCUCGUGCAAAAUACAUCGAAAAUGAAACUAUUAGAAAAAUAUUUGAAUACCUUAUUACUCAUUUAAAUAGAUAUAUUCAAAAAUUUGAUGAGAGACAAAAAGAAGAAAACUAUAAUGAAGGUCUCCAUAAAAUUCACUUAAAUUUAUACCAUCUUUUACAAGCAAUGCUUUAUAUCUUAUGCUAUCGUUUCAAAGCAGUCUUAGAAAGCAAAGAAAAUCUUUUGUAGAAAUUCUACGAGAUUAUGGACAAGGCCUGUUCUAAUUUUAAUGCAUUAUUUUUUAUUUCUCCUCAUAUUUAAAAUGUUUUUAGUGAUGUUUGCGUUAGCUACGGCGAAGAUUAAUUAGUAGAACUUUUUGAAAAAACUAGCUAAACAAGUUAAGCAACAGAAUCAAUAUCAGCUGCUCUGCAACAAAGAGCUUAGCUCUUAGAUAACUACUUUCCAUUUGAUCCCUAUUGCUUACAAUAUAGUGAUAAGUUUAUUUGCGAAAUAUAUUAAAAUUGGUAAGACACAAAUUCUUUAUCAUCUCAAUCUUUUGUUGAAUAAUAAUUAGAAAAGCAACAACCUUAAACCAAUAAUAAUAAAAAAUCCAAAAAAAUGUCAAAAGGUAAUAAUGCUAAUAAUGCUAGCUCUAACUUAAAUAUCAACAAUCCUCCAAUAAUUUAAAAUAGUCCUCACUUUAAUAAUAGCCUAAAUAAUAGUUUUAUAUGCAGCCAAUCUCAUAAUAAUCCUAACAAUAUAACAGGAACUUUAUUAAAUACAAGUAGAAGCAACUAUGGUUUCACUAUUGAUAAGCUGAACAAUAUUAAUGACUUAGAAUACGACAGGGAUAACAUGAUUUAUGAUGACGAAGAUGUAAAAGCUAAUAAUAAUAAUCAUAUUUUAGAUUUCAUAAAUGAAAGUGAUCCUGAAUUCUAAAUAUAAUAAGCCAAAUAUCAUAAAGACAAAAAAUCUUUAAAUGGAAAACGUAAAAACCCAAGUACGACUGAUAAUUCUGUGAAUAACACUCCAAUUACAAAUAAUGAUGAAGACAGCAACAAUUAACCUAUUGUUGACUCAAAAAAAAUUAGUAAAAAAUCUAAAAAAUCUUCUGAUAUUGAAGAUGAUUUUAACAAUGCCUCUUUUGGUAAUAAAAAGUUGUGCAUAUAAGAAAUGUAAUUCUGAGGAAACUUAAAAUGAAAUAAUUUAAUUGAUAAGCUUCGCUACUAUUAAAUAAAUCUUAGCUUAGAUAUUUCAAUCUAUAAUAAUAAUAAUAACUAUAAAAAAAUAAUAAAAAAAUUUACUAAUAAAAAAUUUAAAUAUUUUAAUUCAUUAUUUGCUUUGAAUUAUUAUCACUCGUAAAUCAAGAAAUAAAAAAUAAAUAAAUAAAUGAGUGAAAUGUUUCUAGCGGGAUUAAUAAUUUAGCAUACAUACAUACUUUAAGCAUUUAAGACAAAUAAAUAAAUAAUAAGUAAAAAACAAACUAAUUGAAUGAAAGAAUAAACGAAAAAACUAUAAAUAAACUAUACAUAAAUACAUAUUCAAAAAUAUUAUUUAAACCCUUAAUAUAUUAUUGUUAAUUAAAACUUUUCAAAUUUUGUCUGUAAAUCUCUUUAUUUUAUUCUACAUA